UUUGAGUAUAUUUUAACUAUUUAAGAUAUUUACGUUUGAUUAUUUGUAUAUAUUUUCAAGCAUUUAAGCAAACUUAAAAGUAUCAUAUAUAUUCUGGAUGUUUUUAUAUAUAUAAAAUCUAAAAAUAAUUAAUAUAUAUAAGUACUAAAAUACUAAAAUUUUGAAUAAUUCGGAUAUUUAAUCAAUUCCGGUUCGGAUUUAGUACUAAUUGGGAUCGGUUUAAUUCGUCGAAUUCGAGCUUUUUGCCCAACCCUAAAUAGUGACAUAAAAAUCAAAUAACAUCAUAUUUUUUAAAAAAAAAUACACCCGCACGGGCGUAUGGGUCAAAAUCUAGUCUUGAUUAUACUUAAUGUUUUAAAUGUAUAUGUUUAUAUAAUUAUUAUUAUAACAUAUGAUUUGAUAAAUUUCUAUUCACAUUAUUACUUAUAUAAAAGUAUUACAUAAAAAGAAGAGAAAAAAAUUUAUAAAACAAUUAUAACUUUUUUCUUAAGUUUUGUGUUAUUAUAAUUGUUAACUAAGUUUAAAAUUUACAAAAUAUGUUGUUUCACUAUUUCUUUUAGAUUUUAUUUUAUAUAUCAUGCAAAAAAAUAUACUAAAAUAAUUUUUUAUUAAAUUUUUAAGAUUAUUUGUAUUAUAAAAGCGGAUGAAAUAUCCGAAAGUAUUCGUAAAUAUCCGUAAAUAACUAUUUAUUUCCGGAUAUCCGUUUUUUCGGAUAUCCGUAUUUUUCCGAAGCAAAACAAAUCAAAAAAUUAGAUAUUCAUAACAUACAAACUACAAAGCAAAUCACAAAUACUUCAAAAACCUGGAUAUCUAAUCCGUGUCCAGCCCUAGUUAAAAGCAUCUUUUUCGCAAUACUAGGUAUGUUGAAUAUAUUUCAUGAAUAGCUAAUUUACAUUAUUGUAACUGAUGUCAGUAUCCACAAGAGUGGUAGCCAAUUAAAAAGUAUUGGACGACCACAUAAAAUUUUAGAUAUUAUUCUAAUGUUCUGCCAAAAACGGAAGUAAUAAGAAACUUCCUUCAACAAAUUUUGUAAGAAGCCAAGUAUUUUUUUUUUUUGCAACGUUUAUAGUUUCACCAAUAAUUUUGCUAUGAAAAAGUUGAAUGAUUUUAUAAAGUUUAAGUAGAACGUAAUUUUAAACUACCUAUAUAUUUAGAUUAAUCCAACAUGAAAGGAAGCAAAAACAUUGAUAUAUGUUUCCUGUAACAUUUGUAAAAGUAUACAUUUAAAUAUAAUUUGGAAAUAUAAAUAACUGGUCAGAAAAGUUAAGUUGAAACUUGAAGAGGGAAAUAAUCAUUGAUUGACUACGCACAAUUAAUGUUGGAGGAUGAUGACAAAAACAUAUAUUUUCCUCUUGACCCAAUGAGAGUCCCCAACACAAAAUUCCUAACUAGUCUUUUUAUCUUUUUCUUUCUUUCCGGAAAUGAACAAGAAACCGUAAUUUUUCUUUUGUCGACAAACAGGAAACGGUAAAUAUAAAAUAGCUAGCUCGUGCAAGUAUCAUGAAACAAAAAAGCAUUGUCGAAAACCAUUUGAGGUGUAAUCUCCCCUCCCUAGCUCAGGUAACAAGAGACUCGACGCCGUUCUUCGUCUCCGUAUCGAUGGAUGGUCACGCCGAUAUUCCUCCUUCAUACUCCGGUCUCAGCCAAUACCCGAGGGCUAACCCUUUUGGUGACGAGAGUUCCAAUAGAGCAACCAUGCCGCCGCCUAGCGGAAGCUCACUCCCACCCUUUCCGUGUCCUCAGAUCCCACCGACCGGUCAGCCAUCCCAGUACGGAUCAACCCCCUCGUGGUCGACGUUACCUCAGCCGUCGUCGUCUCUCCUCUCAUUCCCGCCGUUGAGCCCGUCGUCCUUCCUAGAUUUUCCUUCAGCAACGGUGGCCAACAAAGAAAUGGCAUACCCUCCGGUUCCAUACACGGGAGGCUCAGGGAGUAGUCUGCCGUCGUCUGUCUUCUCAGUGCAGCCGCCGUACCGAGGUUUUCCGUCAGCAACGGUGGCCAACAAUGACAUGGCAUUACCUCCGAUUGCGUACAUGAUGCCUAACUCCUCCUCCGCAGAGGGUAAGGCCUAUAAACGGGCCAGCAGUGAUAGUAUCAGGUUAAAUUCACUGAUGGCUAGCAAUCGAACCUACCCGAAUCCAAUAGAUAUGCCCGUUGGCGUGAGGACCCAAAAUGAAAGCGUUGGAGACAAGUCGUCGUCUCACAAUGAGGAUGUGAAUGUGAAUGUUGAUGUUCCGAAUGGGAACAAGAGAAGAGCUGCCAACGAAAUUGCUCCUCCAAGAAGAAUUUGGAGGAGUGUUUCAGCCGGUAGUAGUCUCAACGAGGCUCCUUCUCUUCCUCAGGGUGUUUCGGUUGAUGUGGGGAACGAUACUGCUUUCGGAGGCAUGUUUACUCCAGAACAACUGCGUAAGAUUGCCUCCUCUGACGAACUCAAAGAGAUGGCAGCAUCUGAUCCUAAGCGUCUCAAAAGACGCUUGUCAAACCGGGAAUCAGCUGCACGUUCAAAGGAGAAGAAGGCGCUGCAAAAGUUCGAGUUGGAAGUCAAAGUCGAGAGACUUGAGACUCAGAUUGAUACAUUGACUGCCGUGCUCAAGCUUGAGAAGAGAGAAAGAAUGGCAGAAAGGAUGGCGGCGGAUCACGAGUGCGCGCGACUGAGGACUAGUCUUGAUGGAGCGGAUGAGCAGGCACGAGUUCAUCAUGACUUGAUCGAACAAUUGAAUGGAGAAGUUCGUCGGCUAACAGAAGAGGCAAGUAGGCUAAGAGAAGAGGUGAACGAAUACCGGAGGAGGGAAAGUGAGAGAAUGAACGCAAACAUGUUGGAGCAACUCAACAUCAACCAGUUUGAAGAGACAGAUUAUAAUUUCGAAUGAAGAAAUGCAUGCAUGAUGAUCAUGGAUCCAAGGAAGUGGCGUCUUUGGUAUCAAGGAUUGAUUGAAAUAGUAUAUAUAAAUAUAUAGUUUAAUUAAGUUGUUUCAGUUUAUCUAUAAUAUGUGCAAUAGAGUCAUGUUAAGUUGAACUGAACAAAAAAAAGUCAUGUCAAGUUAAAAAAAAAAAAAUCUAUCUGUAAAAACUAAAAAAAG